AUGCUUCGAAUCAAACAAGAUUCACAAACGUCAGUUCUUACGCAAGAACAAAUUUUUGUACCCUUAAAACGAGUAAAUGUAGAAGCAACAAUUCGUUCAUUUGCUGCCGAUGUAACUAUAACACAAGUAUUUCGUAAUGAUGAAAAACAACCAAUCGAAGCUGUCUAUUGUUUU